AUAUUUUCGGCAUCUUUUCUUUGCAUGGGCCGGGCACAACAUAUUGGACUGCAACCCUCAUUAUCCACAGCUCCCACCGCUCUUGUACAGGCUGGUUUGCGGAAGAUAGGGAGUUGUAAGUCGAAAACGCCCACAGCCAUCCGCUCUCUCGCUGCUUCCCGGACGUAAAGCAAAACCAUUUGGACAGGUUGAUGAACAAUGACAAGCCAGAGCAAGAAGAACGAAUCCAACAAACUGCCCAAAAGAGUCUUUGCUCCUCCCGUAGUGAAGUCCUACAGCACACCCUUUGGAAAAGGUGAAUUGGAGCUUCACGGCAAGGCAGAAGAUGGAGUUACAGCCAAAUCCAUAAUAAAUAUGUUACCAGUGCAAAGUAAAAGACAGACAGAGAGGACGGCUAAUGUAGAAAAGAAAUCUCAGUGCAAGAAGAAUUUGGAAAUGAUUGAGAAUGAAAAGGAGUGUCUCACCGAUGCACAAUUUGAGGAAAUCGUCCAAAGUGUACUUCAAAAGUCUCCCCAAGAAUGCAUGGAAAAAUUUCAGAAGAGACGUGUUUCAGCAGAGUCUGCGGAAGGCCAGCCUUCGAGCAGGGAGGCAUCGGAGGCAUUUCUGCCUGCAGAGCGGAACGGCUCGUGGAAGAAAACAGAAGUGGGACGGAGAGGACACCAAAUCAAAACGAAGAAGCAAAGCAAAUUUGGUGCCGACAAGGGUGAAAAAAAGCUAAAUGAGAAAGCGCCAGCAAACAAUGUAGGGUGUAAGGCAAACCGGAAAAGAGAGCCCAAGAAAGCCGCGCAAGGCGGCGACGCCCAAGACGUCAUUGACCCAGAGGAAGCGCCGGAGGAGGAGGAGGAGGAAGAGGAGGCGGCCGGAGGAAGUGGCAGCCGCCGCUGCUGUACCGCUUGGAUCCAGUGCUCUUACCCCAGCUGUGAGAAGUGGCGGCGACUCAGCAGCGACGUGGACCCCUCAGCCCUGCCGGAGGACUGGUCCUGUAGCCAGAAUCCAGAUCUUCAGCACAACAGCUGCAGUGUUCCCGAGGAGGACUGGUCGGGCUCCGAAAACGAAGUGGUCUAUGCCAUUUAUUUCCCAGGGUCCAUCGUGUGGGCCAAGCAAUAUGGAUACCCCUGGUGGCCGGGGAUCAUAGAAGCUGACCCUGACAUUGAAGAGUACUUCCUGUUUUCUUCCCAGGCAGACUCACUUCCUUCCAAGUACCACGUGACCUUCUUCGGCCACCCCGUGACCCGUGCUUGGAUCUCUGCCUCCCAACUGAAGAACUACGGUGAAGCAGCCGGAGAAGGAAGCGUCUUGGCCAAGAUCAGGAAUAAAAGUGAGAAGAAGGACCUCAGAUUGGCUCUGGAAAUGGCGAAAGAAGCAGAACGGAUAAGCAUUCAGGAUAGAAUAAGGAGAUUCGGCUUCCAGGGCCGAUUCAGAAACCAGGCAUCUCCCAGAGACGACAAAAUCCUGAAAGAGCAGAAUAACUCGGCCUCCAGGCCUCCGGUCAAAGGGCCCCCAGAAACGAAGGGUGGGAAUAAGAACGCGGCAGCCUCAAGCAAGAAUCCAGAAAAGCUUCUUCGUGAACUAUCAGUAGUGGAACCCAUUGCAAAGGUCAAGACGACCAUCAAUGUGAAAGGGGGCAAAAAAGCCAAGUUGGGACCUGAAAGUGCUUCCCCUGUGUUGAAGAAGAGCCAGCCACAGAGAACAGCCCCCAACGCGGCAGCUACACUCCGAGGACCUGAUCAAGCAACGGGAAAACAGAAGAGGAGUCAGAAAGGUUGGAAGCCGUCCUUCUCUGCACCGCAGGGCCAGAUGCCUCGGGCCAGGCACCCUCAUUCCUACCCAGACAGCAGCAGCCCGGCCGACAUCGCCGCCUCUCGCUAGCCGAACCAGAAAGACGGCCCGAACAGGUCUGAGGGCUCCCCGGGGGGCCCGAGGAGUGCCAGGAGAGGGAAAGGCACAGCUGGGGAACCGGAGGAAGCCCUGGGGAAGGAAGAGGGGAAGCCUCGGAGGAGGAAGAGAAGGAGGGCGAUUCUCCCAAGGAUUCCUCUUGGGCCUCGUUUGGAGAGGCCGUCACAACACCGCAUCAGGGGAGCCUGGCAGAGGAGGCCGUCUGCGCUCUUCUUCG